GUCAGCUGAUUCUGAUAGUGCAAUUACAAACUGUUUGUAAUGGCAGGAAAAGACGAAAAUAUGGUUGCGAAAGCCGUGCAUCCGAGUGAAAAUGAGGAAGAUAACGCAGAAAAUGGUGUUGAAGAAUCGGAAGAGGUUGAGGAAAUAAAUAGCGAAGAAUUCCAGUCAAUUAAUGACCAACUUGACCAGCUGAAUUUAGUAUUGGAUUCAUUAGAAUCAAAGAAUGAUAAUAUUCAUGCAGAGCUGGUUGAGUUAUUGAAAUCAAAUAGGGAAGCCAGGAAGCAGUUUCAAGAAUCUCAGGACGCUCAACAAAAUGAACAAGGCGAAGCAACAUCUUAAUUAUUAUCAAUAAGCCAAAUGUUUUAUUUUUUGUUAAAUUUCUUUUUUAAAUUAUAAUUAUAGAUAUCUACAAAAAUAUUUACAAUUUAAGUCUUUAACUAGAGUUGUAAAUAUAGUCUCUUGUCAAGGCUAUGCUGGAUGUUACAUUCCUGAACGUGUAAAUUGUAUAAAGGGUUAAGAUUAAAUUUAUCCG